AUUACCAUCAACACAAUAACAUACCUCUAUUAUACAUUUCUUCACUACCUACCUGACCAAAUAUGGGCGAAUCAAACCCAGGAGCCGGCCACGAGAGUGCCCCCGUGGAAGUAUCAUGGCUGAAGCGUGACGUCCUCCUCUUCGCAGCCAGCAUUGGAGCCACCGCCGAUGAGCUUCACUUUCUCUACGAACUCCACCCCAACUUCGCCGUCUUCCCAACCUACCCCAUCAUCCUCCCCUUCAAGCAAUCCACGCAAGAAGUCAUCGACUUCUACGCCGCACAACAUGACUCUCGCCCCUCCAUCCCCAACGUGCCCCAACUCGACAGCACACGCGUCCUCGACGGCGAACGCAAAAUGAUCUUCUACAAGCCCCUCCCCACCAGCUCCGCCGGCAGAAAGUUUCUCUCGAAAAAUAAAGUCAUUGGUGUCUAUGAUAAAGGGAAACCUGGGACUGUAUUGGAAACUCAAACGGAUAUUGUUGAUGCUGAGACUAAUGAGGUCUAUGUGAGUGCGAUUGGGAGUGCGUUUUUUGUCGGGCAGGGAGGUUGGGGUGGGCCGAAGGGUCCUAAGACGAAGAAUUUUCCUCCUCCUGAGGGCAAGGCGCCGGAUGUGGUGUGGGAGAAUCAGACGAGUGAGGAGACGGCGGUGUUGUAUCGGUUGAAUGGAGAUUAUAAUCCUUUGCAUAUUGAUCCGACGCCGGGCAAGAAGAUGGGCUUCGGUGGUGUCAUCAUUCAUGGACUCUACUCGUGGAACACAAGCGCUCAUGCCCUCGUCAAGUUGAUCGGAGGCGGAGAUCCUGCGAGUAUCAAAGAAUAUGGAGCACGAUUCGCUUCGCCUGUCAAGCCCGGUGAUAUCACUGUCACGGAGAUUUGGAGAACGGGAGAUAAAGAUGGCGAGGGUUGGGAAGAGAUCCGAUUCCAGGUCAAGGUCAAGCAGACGGGUAAGGUGUGCUUGAGUAAUGGACGGGCGAAGAUGAAGGCGAAGGAUGUUGGUGGUAGUAAGCUGUAGAGAUAUAUAUCUCUUUCUUUUAUUAGCUCGUGGAUGCAUUUGAUG